CUUUUGCACAAGAAUAGAAAGAUGUCGAAUUUGAGCGACGUGAAAUCUCUCGCCGAUUUUGAUGCUCUUGCUGAGGCCACAGGAAGUGGUCUGUUAGUGGUCCACUUCUGGGCUAGUUGGGCCCCACAGUGUGUCUCCAUGAAUGACAUCAUGCAAGAAGUGGCCAAACAAUUUCUGAAUGUCCACUUUGUAAAGGUUGAAGCUGAGUCUAUACCUGAAGUAUCCCUCAAGUAUGACAUUUCAUCAGUACCAACGUUUGUCUUUCUGAAGAACAAGAAAGUGGUGGACACACUUCAUGGUGCCAAUGGGCCAGAGUUCAGCAGGAAGGUCGAGUGGCACUCCAAGGCCGCCUCUAGUCAGGCCCCGCCUCCAAAUGUCCCACCGUCCAAGAUAGCUGAAGCCCCAGAGGCCAAGACGAAUGGUUCAGCAAAAGAGGCCAAGACAAAUGCUUCAGCAAAAGAGGAUCUGAAUGCAAGGCUGAAGAAACUCAUCAACUCGGCGGCUUGCAUGCUGUUCAUGAAAGGGAAUCCAGGAGAGCCACAGUGCGGCUUCAGUCGAACCAUGGUGGGGAUCCUAAAUGACAAGAACAUCGACUACAAGACGUUUGACAUCCUGGGAGACAGUGAAGUCAGACAAGGUCUAAAGACGUAUUCCAACUGGCCCACCUAUCCCCAAUUGUACCUUAACGGGGAGCUUGUGGGAGGUUUGGAUAUUGUCAAAGAAAUGAAUGAGAACGGGGACUUAGAUGAAGACUUCCCUAAAAAGGAUCUGAAUGCAAGGCUGAAGAAACUCAUCAACUCGGCAGCAUGUAUGCUGUUCAUGAAAGGGAAUCCGGAGGGGCCACGAUGCGGCUUUAGUCGAACCAUGGUGGGGAUCCUAAAUGACAAGAACAUCGACUACAAGACGUUUGACAUCCUGGGAGACGAUGAAGUCAGACAAGGUCUGAAGACAUAUUCGAAUUGGCCCUCCUAUCCCCAGCUCUACCUGAAGGGAGAGCUGGUGGGUGGGUUGGACAUUGUCAAAGAGAUGUUGGAGAACGGAGAUCUCGACGAGGGAUUCCCAACUAAGAGCUGAUUGUUGCAAGAUGUUUGAACGUUGAACUUUGGUGUAAUAGCAGAUGGACAUUACAAAGGUCUUAUCAGGCUCAACUGUUGACUCAAGUGAGUAACACUUCUUGGAUUGGGGAUCUGAGCCUGAUAUCAUCGGAGUGUCACUCAAGUCCAGUUGUUCCAUUCAGCCUCAUAAAUUUGUGUUGCACAUCAAGAGUCCUCUACCACCGUCCAGCAACUAUUUGAGCUUGGAGUCAAAUCCCUGCAGAUAAGAAGUUGGGAAACGGCAGGACAGAGAGUUUUCAAAAGAAUAUUUGUAAGUUUUAAUUUCUUGAGACAAUUGUAGAUUGUUACUUCCACUUUCAGCAUUUGGGAAUUUCGCAUCCUUCUAAAAGUAGAAUUUCGUUUAAAAGUACUUUAUUUCUGUUUUGUAAAAGAUACAAUAAAACUUCGUUUGUUUCACUAACUUCCAAAGCUUGUCCUAUACUGUAAGGGCUGGUAAAGUAGAGGACGGUGUAUGUCAGAUUUUAUCUUGGGUUAUUGACUUCGGAAUGACAAAACCACUCGGCCAAGAAUUUCAGAAUUUCAUUGCAUUGCCACCUUUAUUUAUAUUGCACAAAUUUAACGAUUUCAAUUAGACAUAAACUUACACAGUGUCGGGGAUGAACACAAUCGCAAGAGAUCCUUUUAAAUGCAACAUGAUUGGACAGAAUGAAAUGAAUGUGCUGUCUGUCGAUGUACAUGUCAUUCCAAAUGCUAAAAGGCCAUUACAGCAAAAAUGUAAUUUGGGAAAAUAUUCUUAGGGCUUUACUCUAAGCAUGAAAGGAAUCUCGUAUUGAAACAAACUACAUGACUUGGUUAAACUAGUCUUCUUGGGCCAAUAUACAAGUAUUUACAUAAAUAUCAACACAUUUUCUUGCUUGAUUUCAUGUUUACAAUAAUAUUUUUCAAUAAGAACGUUUCAAUGCACUUUAUCAGUGAGGGCCUUUUACAUGUAGCACUGACAUAACAACAUGUGUUAAACCUGGUCCUUUUCCAAAACCUCAGCUUCGUCAAUGAUAGUGGCUUCCUGCUUAAUUUUCAUGAAUUAACUCUCCCGAGCUGCGACCAACCAGCUUUGUGUAAGCCCAAGCCUGUACUUUAGGACUACAGUACUUUUGUUUGGUUCCCACGGUAAAACAUUUAGAAAUCAUUCUGCAGCUAGUGGUGAGGCGGACGUCUCGGACAAAGACAAAUGGCCCAUGGACAUUUUUAUUAAAGCCCAAUCCAUUAAGCCCCGCCCACUGUGCACAUGGGCACUUGACAACACAUUCUUCCCCAAUGCCACACUGCAUGUUCCAUCCACGGGCAUCAUACACGUGGGCACGCAUGUCAAAUUUUUGUGCAUGCAUGUCGGACAUAAAUCGCAGCUGUGAUUGGUCCUAACACAAGGGGGCAGGGUUUAAAGGAUCAAUCUAAUAACACGACAACCACUGUCAUUUACAUCUGGCUUUACAGAUGCUCCAUCUACCCUUGGUACUCCAUUGAACAUGUACAUGCAAAAUGCAUUGCGUAUGUGAGCAGUGCUUGAAGUUGUAAACAAAAAGUGGAAUUUGAUUUUAAUCUAAAGAGCCUUAAAGGCAAUAAAAAGUUGUAUAAAACUAAUACUAAGUGAACCCAACAAAAAAAGGUGAAGUAUGCUGUUAUUAGACAAACGUGUAUGUUUGAACAUUCUUACAAAUAAAAUUGCAAUUAAACAAGCAACCAGA